CCGAGGCAGAAAGUCUGUUCGCAGAGGAAACAAUGUCGAUGAAGACCAUGUUCUCGGUGCUCCUGCUAUGUAUGCUUGUGGCAACACCCAUAGCGGCCGGGUACGGCGCAUGGAGCGAUAACAGUGGUCCCUGGAUGUGCUAUCCCGGGUAUGCCUUCAAGGUGCCCGCGCUCCCUGGCUGUCGUCCAGUGCUGAAGCUCCAGUGCAAUGGCAGCCAGGUGCCCGAGGCUGUCCUAAGGGACUGCUGCCAGCAGCUCGCCGACAUCAGCGAGUGGUGCAGGUGCGGUGCCCUCUACAGCAUGUUGGACAGCAUGUAUAAGGAGCAUGGCGUGCAGGAGGGACAGGCGGGGACAGGCGCGUUCCCACGCCGCCGGAGGGAGGUGGUGAAGCUGACGGCGGCGAGCAUCACAGCGAUUUUACCGGCCUGGCCCUGCAAGCUACCCAUCGUCGUUGAUGCGUCCGGAGAUGGAGCGUAUGUCUGCAAGGAUGUGGCCACAUACCCAGACGCCUAGUCAAGCGAAUGAGUA